UCGUUUGAACGCCUCUGAAUUCGCGAUGGCGGCGCAGUUGCCUGAGCGGUUGAAGCCGUUCUUGGCCGAGUAUCGCGUCGAGAGUUUUCAGCAGUGGCCUUUCAACGACGACUGUCUUUGCACUCCCGAACGGAUGGCAAAAGCUGGCUUCAUUCACUGUCCUGGUGACAAUGCCCCUGAUGUGGCCCAAUGCUUCUUUUGUUUUAAAGAAUUAGAAGGAUGGGAGCCCGAUGAUGACCCCAUGGAAGAGCACCGAAAACACUCUCCUCGCUGUGUAUUUCUUUCUCUCCAGAAGGAUGUGGCUGACUUGACAAUGCGAGAGUUCAUGAAACUGGCUAAAGAGAGAACAAUGAACCUGGCUAAAAAGCAAAUUAUGCAGAAAGUGAAGGAGUUUGAGAAGCGUGCAUCACAUGUGCGCUCUGAAAUCAGCCGGCUGCGUAAAUAAAACUACUUGGACAUUAUGGGAUUACUGACUGUUGAACUGCUCCUUACUGACUGGUUAUGAGCAGAUGGUAAAUUGCUGUAUGGUUGCAUAUCUAUCCCUGCGUUUUCCUCUU